AUGGAAGGGGCGCAGAAGGUCCGAGCCCGGCGCACCACCCCGCCGGUUUGUGUGUUGGCGGCGCAUCGCGGGCGUACCGCAGCCGUGGGAGGAAGCAUGGCGCUGGCGUCCUUUUUUUUUUCCCUUGCCCUUUUCCUCUCUCGAGCAUUUCCCUUUGGCCCCCUUCUCGUCGCUAGCCCACUUCGGAAUCAAGGUCAGCAGCGACGGACGGGCGCAGCCCUGGGCCGCCGUCGGCGCGGCGGUCACGCCACGUGUGGACGGGGGUGGUGGUGGUGCAGGGAGGCAAGGGCCGGCACGGGAAAGGGUAAAAAGGGCUCACGCACGAAGAGGGCGUUUUCCGCUCCGCGGUUGAACAGGCAGAUGGUGUAUGGCGUUGCUCAGAAGCCAAGCCGGGGCUAUCGAGGGACCUGGUGCGCGGCAGAGCGGACGUUCGGGCACAAUCUGGCGUGGAAAGAUCCGUUCGUUCUCGAGGUGACUGCGCUUCGGCCUCCUUUAUUAGCCGUGGCGUUGAACUCCCAGUGCGCCGGGCCGUACAUGGACGCCAUUGGAACCGAACUGUCGAUCGAGACGACCCGGGCGCAGGACCGCGCUGGGCGAGUGCGCGGCGCGCGUGUUGCCGCUAGGCCGGGCGUGGGAUGCCCGCCUACGGCCCUACCUAUCCGGGUUGGGACGGGACGACACUGA